AUGACCUUGGAAGGAGACACUGAGGAGGAAGAAAAGAGAAUUCUGUUGCAGCAACAUCAGGAGCAAAUCAAAUCUGAAAACAAGAAACAUCUGGAGACCUUCAAGAAAAUACAGAAAAACUCUCCUCUACUCCAACACACCAACUACAAAUUCCUGGCUGGAAUUAUUCCCCAGGAAAAGAAACUGCUUACGGUGGGGAUUUCCUCAGUGCACCGUCCUCGUGGAAGUGACCUCUUGAGCACCCUGCAGUCUCUGUUCCAUGCAUCCUCAGAACCUGAGCUGAAGUAUAUCACAGUGCUGGUCCAUCUGUCAGAUCCUGACCCUGAAUGGCUCAGCCAAACAGUGGCCAAUAUUUCAAGUCUCUUCAAACAACAUAUUGAGGCCCAGAAGCUACUCGUGAUCCAUGGUCUUCUCAAUGAUUCUCUCCCAGAAGAUCUGAAUAACACCAAUCACUUCUCAUCCUGUGAAGCACUUUAUUUCAGGCAGAAAGCAGAUUAUGCCCUCCUCAUGAACUUUGCUAGCAACCUCUCUGAUUACUUUCUGAUGAUAGGAGAUGAUGUUCAUUUUGCUCCCAAAUUUGUUUACGCCAUCUAUUGGGCACUAUCAGCCUGGAAAGAAAUACAUUGGGUGACCCUGGAGUUCUCCAGCCUGAGCUUCUCUGGGAAAGUUUUCCACACGAGUGACCUCUCCCACCUGACCUUAUUCUUCUUCCUCUUCCCUAAGGAAACACAUACUGACUUGCUUCUCUCAAAUUUUGGUUUUCUCUUAGGCCAGAGAGCUCCAAUUAGACUCAUUCCCAAACUUUUCUACUCUCAGGACAAUUAUUCCACUUCUGAGGACACAUGUAAUCAAAAGGAAGAGGGAAAAGAAGAAGAGGAUCUUGGUAAACCCAACAACCCUCCUGCGAAGAUCAAUACUAACAUGAUGUUGAGACAAUUUCACCCCCCAGAAAAUACCUAUAUUCUGGAUGAAAGUUACUUCAUGACAGAAGUUGCCACUCCAGUCAACAAGUUAAUUUUGAUUUUCAAUCAGCCACUCAAGGUGAUCCGGGUACAGGUGCUAACAGGCAUUGGUAAGCAGGCAUUACAUCGAGUGGAACAGGGGCAGGUAAAACUGGGCUAUGAGCCUAUUAAGGAGAAAAUAGGCUGCACCCUCUAUACCCUGCUGGGACCACUUGUGAAAGGGAACUUGGAUCAGAAGGUGUUUUAUAAAGAAGAUUUUGUGGGGGCAGUGAGAUGUGUACAACUGCUGGUGACAGCCACUCAGGAGUCUAAAGUAUGUAUUAGAAAGAUCAAAAUCUGA